AGGCCAGCGACAAACUGAUCGAACUUGAAGCUCCGGAAGAUUCUUGAGUGAAGUGCAACUUUCAUUUAGCAAGGUCCCUCACUAGUAGUGCACUUCAGCUUGUUCUCUAGAAGAAACGGUAGCAGUACUAGAGACGUGCUCUUACAGAAACUUCUCAAAAACAAGCACAUAAAAUCCUGUGAAGAACUAAAUUAGCAGAAUGACGUCAGUCUUCCGAGGUGUGGAUCUUGGGGCGCACCAUUCCGUUUGCGCUUCCGCGCCCGUGAACGAGCCCCACGUCGUCAGCGUUGAUGUGAACGACCUUGCCAACCGAUCGACGCCCAGCGUAUUCUUUGUUUUGUUUGUCUGUAAUGCGUAGAAGCUAGUACACCGACAUGUGUCAUGCUAAAACCCAACAUCACAUCAUGUACUUAAGUAUCUGUAAGCUAGUACACGGCGUCAUGGAUCUGUAAUGCGGAGAAGCUAGCACACCGAGUACAAACAUGAGUCAACAUGCUAAAACCCAACACAAACACCAGGUCGUAUCCCUGGAGAACCGGCAGCGGGUGAUCGGCGAAGCCGCUGAGUCUCUCGUCAGCAAGAACCCCAAGCAGACCUUAUCCUGAGGAAAAACGCCCCCACCGGAUAAGUAGUCAAGAUGAGAAAUCUGCUACACAAGUCUACAAGCUUAGGCUGUUGCGCAUGACAAGUUCGGCUUUUCGUAGUGCAAUCUUGUGCAGUAGCUCGCUCAGAAGCAUCACAAACCUGGCUUACUAUGCUGCUUGGAGCAUUACAAAUCCCAAAACACGACUAGAAAUCGCUUCGCGUGGGGCUCCGCAUGAGAAACAUUCUCGAGCAUGUAUUUUUGCAUGACAGCUUUCAUCGGGUGGGGCCGUUUUUCCAUCUGAUAGACCUACACCCACCUCGCCUCGGCGGUUUUUGAAGGAAAGGAAAGCUGUAUGAGAGCAGUGCACAACCCCCCCUCCCCUUCAUUUGAAGGGCAUUAUAAGCAGCAACACAAGUGCUGGCAUAAAUGCAGCUUUUGCAUGACAAAUUUGCGACCGAUUCCAGUGCUGUUUCGGCUUCUGAAACCUGUCAUGCAAGAAGUGCCAAAGAGAAUAGGGCGGAUUUGGUAUUUUGCAUGACAAACGAGGGGGAGAGGGAGUUGUGCAUUGUCAUAAGCUGUGUGGAGCGGUAUGGCACGUUUUGGAGCACAGAAAACAUCGAGUUCGACAACGAAGUGAUCGAGAGCGUGCCCCUCUAUGACAAUGACAAAUGCCCCCACGACCCCCGAAUCGUCGGGAGCAUUUGUAUUGCAAACCUUCCCAAAUGAAACAUUCGCCCUCUUGCAUCUAUCAGCAUCAUAGACGUCCAAUCGUGAAUAGCAAAAAUUUGUAUUGCAAAAGAUCCCAGCAAGAGCGGCGCUUGUCAUGCAAGUUAUGCGAUAUACGCCUAGAAUCUGCAUUAGAAAGAUUCAUACUCCUUUCAUGCACGACAAAAAGUUUUCAUUUGAAAACUUCGCAUCAGAAAUUCUUGCAACUUUGGGGGUGGGGGCAUUUUUCACUGUAAUACCCUCGGAAAUUUGUUCGGCCUUUAUUUGAAGAAGCUGCUCAGCCUGAGGCAUGUGAAGGUAUAAAUAGAUAGUACCUUAGCCACCGUCUUUGUGUAACCUUGCUGUUCACAUCAUACAGAUCGAAGAUGUAAGUACUGUGUAGCAGUUGUUACCAAUACCAUCAAGACAAACCUGAUUUGUAUUCACGCUUGUUCUGCAGCAUCAUGACAAACUUUGCACAAAAAUAAAACACUAGGGCGCCACGGCCGGUCACGAGGAAGUUGUCCUGGCGGUCCCGGAUUUUUUUGACACGACAGGAGACGACAAAAACUCCGCGACGCAAACCUUUGCCGAUGCGUUGAAGCUGAUCCCGGAGACCCUCCUCCCCAAGGAGAAAAGCAACCUGAAGCUUUGUUACCACAGCGAGGCGCUGGCGACGCAGUGGUUGGUGAAGUACGAAAAGAGGCUUGAGGAGGAGCUAGCUCUCUGCAACAAAAACUCGGGAGAUGAGCCGGAGAAAAUCGAACAAAACGAUGCACAGUUUCUCUUGCUGAUUGAUGUCGGUUUUUCGCAGACCACCGCGACUUUAGUGGAGAUAAGGAAAGAAGCAGAAAACACCCAAGGCGAAGUAGAGGAGAAUAACUCGUACAACAAGAUGGAAGUGGAGCAAGACAGCUCUCCGGAAAAGAAAAGCAACGUAUGAAUUGCAAAAGUAUCGUACUCGUAUAAAUGCAUUACAAAUUUCCCCCGCAUGAGAAAUAAAAUUUGUAAUGCAGAUUUGCCUUGGGAACAAGAUUUGUAAUGCAAGACUUGCAUUUAUACGAAUGCGAUACUUUUGCACAGGAUACAACGCUGAAACGAACGAAAAUAAAUCGGACCCGACCAAAGAGCGUAUCGUGGCGAAAAUCGUGAAAAAGCAGGCAAUAUCAAAUGUAAAAGUGUCUGGGUCUGGAAGAGUGCAUGUUUGUCAUGCUUGUCUGGCAUGACUCUUAAAUCUGUCAUGCACGUUACCCAAGAGCUCCAUUUUUCUGUGAUGCAGAAGCGCAGUUUGUCAUGCGGAAUUGGCAACACCUAGAAGCUCAGAAACUUGUCAUGAUGAGCCAGCACUUGUGGCCUCAUCAUGAGACGCCACCCAGCAUCACAAGUCUCCAGACCCAGACAUUUUUACAUUUGAUAGGCAACGAAAAACCUUUCCGUCUACAACUUCAUCGAGCAGCUGACAAAGCGCGGUCUAGAGCACGCGGAACAAAAGUACAAGCAGAGUUACAUAUCAAUUGCAAAAGCAUUGUACUACGUAUGAAUAGCAUUACAAAUUUUCUCAGCAUGAUGAGAAAUGGAAUGUGUAAUGCUGAUUUAGCUUAAGAAAGAGAUUUGUAAUGCAUGAUUGCAAAAUACGAGCACGAUGCUUUUGCACUGCAUAUUACAGUAUCAGCAGCAAGAAGGGGUUCAAAUUAAAACAAGCGAUGACCAAGGCGUUGAAAGUAUCCUGAGUAAAAACUACGUCCCCGCACCAUAGUCAAGAUGGUGAUUUUGCUACACAAAUCAACAAGUUUUGGCUGUUUCGCAUAACAAGUUUAGACUCGUAGUGUAGUCGUGCUGUUUGAGGUAGUGCAGCCGCAUGACAAAUCGACUACUUUAUCCUGAUUCCAGCAUCACAAACUUCCAGAUAGCAUGAGAAAAUGUUUCGCAUGGGGAUCCGCAUGAGAAACAUUUCGAGCAUGACAGUUUAGCAUGACAACUAUGGGGUGGGGACGUUUUUACAUAGGAUAGAAAGAGCUCUCCAUGCUCCCAGAAGCCAGCGUAAACCUGGAGUGUUGGCUGGACGACGACGUCGACUUCCACUUGGACCUGAAACGCGCCGAUUUGGAACACGCACUAGAAAAGGAGCUUAAAUUACUGGAAGAACUGGUAAAAGACGUCGCAGCACCGGCUGUAAAAAUUGCAGGCGGAGAUGAAGUAGAUGUUGGCAACAACGACAUUGCUUCUUCAUCAAACAAGAAGCUCCACGUGGAAAUUGUCGGUGGUGGUGUCCGGAUCCCUAUCGUCGCUAGCACCAUCGAGUCUGCGGUGUCAGCAGCAACUGGCGCUACCACGACCCUCGGCCGGGGCCUUGACGGGAGUUCUGCGGUCGCGACCGGCGCUUGUCUACGCGCGGGGCCGUUGGGGAAGAAGUUUCUACUGGACACAACCCUCGACAGCGCGAAGAUCUUCGGGAUCAGUGCAACAUCUGCCGACGAAGAAACGAUAAGGGCGUUGGAAGCGAAGAUGGAAGGAGUCGAGAACAAAGAAACGGCGAGACUCGAAGCGCUGAACAAAUUGGAAGCGUAUCUGUUCGAGGGGAAGAGGAUUUUGCAGGAUUCGAAGGAAAAUACCCUGUUCACAAAUCCAAACGCGGGUGAAGACGCGAGUGAGGAAGAGAAAAACGAUAUCAAAUGUAAAAGUGUCUGGGUCUGGAAGGAUGCAACUUGUCAUGCUGUUUGUCGACUCUAAAAAAAAAUUGUAGUGCAUGACCAGCAAAAGGGGCACAAUUUGUGCUACACGGACAGGGCAUUUCUCAUGCGGAAGGUGCAUCAGGAAGCCCUCUAAAAGUCUGCGAUGCUAGACCAUGCAUUACAGGCAUCAUGGGUCUAAGAAAUAUGCAUGACAAAUCUCGCAUUCUUCCAGUUCCAGACCCAGACAUUUUUGCAUUUGAUAAACGACAAGGGUAAGCAAUUGCUGAAAGAAUUCGACGAAUUAGAGCUGUGGUUUCUGGACAAUGUUCAGGACGAGGAUAUCUCGUUAGAGCAGUACGAGGAAAAGUUCAGUCAGAUAAAGCACAAAUUCGAGAAAUCCGGACAGCAGUAUUUUGAGAAAAAGAAGCAAGAGCAGGAAAAGCUCGAGGCGGAACUGGCAGUUCUCAACGAGCAGAGGAAGCUCGAGCAAGACUCGGCCGACAAGGAGGACCACGACAGCCGAAAGCUUCCUAUGAACCGCAAAAGCAUCGCACUCGUCGUAGUAAUUGCAAGCAUGCGUCACGAAUCUUUUUCUUAAGGUAAAUCCGCAUUUACAAAUUUUACUAUCCAUGCUGAGGAAAUUUGUAAUGCAUCUAAUAUACGAGGAGUGCGAUACUUUUGCAAUUCAUACUUCCGAACAAGGAACGACUCCGGAUGGCGGAGAAGCAACGGGUUGAGGGGAACGAGCUGUUUAAGGCUGGGGUCUACCAGGAAGCCAUCCAGCGGUACCAGAAAGCGCACGUGAACCUGUCGAAGUUGUUCGAUUUGAGUCCGGAAGACACGGAAGAAAAAGACAAAAUCGGCUUGUCCUGCUACCUGAACACCGCGAUGUGCUAUUUGAAGGGGGUAGAAUUUUGAUUUCUGUGGAUGGUUUAGAAAUCGCGUCACAAUCAAAUUAAGUUUGUUUAGCAUUUUUACAAAGGAAAUUCAAAUUUGUUACGCCGAUUUACAACUCUAAAAAUUGAUGAGAUGUGUAUAUCGCAUGAUUAACUAAACAGGUCGACCAGCAGGCUUCCAAGGACGUGCAGCUGCAGCUUUGUCAGAAAGUCGUAUCAAACGCAAAUAUGUCUCAGACAUCGGGAAGGACGCGAACUUGUGAUGCGUGUUGCGGAUCAUACAAAAAUCUGUGUUGAUGCAUGGCUUGCAAAAGUAGGUGCGCACUUCUGGCCAUGCUGACCGGACAUUUCUCAUGCAGCACAGGCAUGACGACCUCCAAGGGGCUCCAGAACCUGUGAUCAUGUAUAGGCCCUGCAUCACAGACUUGGCGGAGCUUGGAAGAACUACAUGACAAAUCUCAGAAUCUUGUUCGAGACGCAGACAUGUUUGCAUAUGCAUAAGUCGUUCGCCAGUGCGAUUCCGCGCUUGACAUUGACGGAAAGAACGUCAAGGCUCUGUUUCGAAAGGCCACCGCGUUGGAGAAGCUUGGCGACAUUGACUCGGCGAGAAAGUGCUCGAAACUGGGACUCAGUAUCGACGAAUCAAACGCGGAAUUUACGAAACUUGAUAAGAAGCUGGAGAGAGUAUGACAGUGCACAACCCCUCCUCCCGCCCAUCAUUUGUAUAGCAUGAACAGCAAUACGAAUUACUACAAGCAUCAACAAAAAUGCCGGAUCUGCAUGACAAAGUUGCACUGGAUUUUAGUGCUGUUUCGGCUACCAGAACUUGUCAUGCAAACAGUGCCACAGGGCAAAGGGUGGACUUGGCAUUUUGCAUGACAAACAAGGGGAAGGGGGUUGUGCACUGUCAUAGAGAGCACAAGCGGAGCAGAAGAAAAAGGCACAAAAGAUGUACGGAAAAAUGUUUGGUUGAGACGAGUACGAGAUAGAUCGAGUCUAUUUUACUGCACAAACAUAGAGACGACCCUCGCGACAUAAUCUAGUUAAACCACGAAAAGGACGAUUUUAUCUUCGAACAAUACAGAUAGUAAGUACGAGUACCUGCACCGCACUAUGGUUGUUCGACUAAGGAUAGGAAAAUGGUUUCACCUGCUUUUUUAGUAACGCUCUACGCGACAACGUGCUGCUAUCACGCAAACGGAUUGGAAUUCUGUACUUGUUGCGCAUAUUAUGCUAUGACUACGUGAAGGGUGGAUAUAGGACCAGUGCGCUUGUUGGCCUACACCUUGCGUUGAAAAGAAUCGAAUGAAAGACUGGGAGUGAAGUCACAUACAACGCGACCCGCAUCUAAUAGCGAUAAUUGAUGAUGGACAAGCAACAUACUUUUGAAUUGGCAAAAGCGAU